AUGUUCUUUAGCCGCUUGGCUAUUGUUGAUUUGUUGUUGACAUUUCUCAUUUCUUCGUAUGUAAUUGUUGGAGCCUUUAAACUCGAAAAAUAUUGCGACCAUCACUUAACCGCGAAACCCGACGUUUAUUCAGUGAUUUUAAGACUGGGAAUUACGAAAAUGAACAAGAAAAACUCAAAAGUUAAUUUUGGAAUCGAACUAGACGAAUCUAUUCAAGUUGAUGGAGUCUCCGCAACAGCAACCAAAUUUGGCGAAAGUUUUCGUGGUAUUUUUAGAUGGCAACAAAGUUUUUUCAAACUGGUCUGGAAGCAAGCGAUAGUCUACUACAUCAUCUACGUGUCGAUCACGCUGUUCUACUCGUUUGCUUUGGACAGGGGCAAUCAGGCUAAUUUCGAUGCUAUUACAAGCUAUCUUGCGCGUUACACAUCUAGUUUACCGGUCGUUCUUCUGUUAGGCUUCUUCACGUCAACAGCCCUUAACCGUUGGUUUAGCAUAAUGGCAAGCAUGCCGGGCACUAAUCGACCUAUUGCACUUUAUGUUAUAUCGCUCAAAGAAGAUGCAGCUGAUGGCCGUGCUAGAGUUGAUCUUUACAUCCGUUACGUUCUUCUCAUGUGGUUGCUUACGUUCCGCAUCGUAUGCAAACCGUUGCGAAAAAGAUACCCGAGUUUAUUUUCAAUUCAAGCGGCAGGAUUUCUUCGUGAUCACGAACGUCUUUUACUUGAAAAACACAAAGAGCAACCUGGUGGUUCAAAGACUUUGCCCCUUGUAGUUUACGACUGGUUAAAUAUUCUGCUACGGGAUACGUGCCAAAAAGGGUAUUUCGCUAUUCCCAACGAUUUCGGUCGAAACAUUGAUGCCAUUCAAGCUUUAAAGAAAGGGGGAGGGAACGUCAUCAAAUUUGCUUCUAGGAACGUUCCUGUAGCUUUGAUACAGGCUGUGACGCUUGCUAUUUACUGCUACGGGGUUGUGUCCGUCUUGUCACAUCAAAUAGAAAAACAUUACUUGACAUCCGUGCUUAGCGGCUACUUUCCUUUACCCUACGCUUUACCAUUUUUCUUCUACUAUGCCUGGCUGAAAGUGGGUCGAAUCGCCAUUGAUCCAUUUGGUAGCGAUGAAGAUGAUAUCGAUAUACUCAACAUUUUCGAUGGCCACAUUAAUGGAGCGAUGCGCUUACGUAAUUGCUACGGUGUCAAAAUAACAAUCCCAUCAACUGACAGUAGCGCAUUCUCCUUGUCCUAGCUUUUUGGCAACGAGAAAGUUUCUUUUGCGAAAAUUAAUUUAUU